AUCGAUUCCUUACGCUCGCUCGGCCACACUAACCUUACCUCGUGGUGGUGUUCACUCAAACAAAGAAAAAGUGCAUUUUAAUUACUGAUUACUGCAUUGCCAUUAGGCGUUCGCGAACAAUUGCGUAUUUUGCGGAUCACCGAAUUUGAGGGCGCGCGUGGGCAGGGCUAAAAUCGCCGUGUGCGUACGUGUGUGUGUGGGUGCGUGGUGCGUGCGUCGCAGUGUUGGUGCGUGUGUGUCCCCCAGUGUGUGUGUAUUUGUAUUGCCAUUAACUAAUAAACAAUAACCUUCGGGCCACGAAAGCUACAAAAUCGCCACUGCUGUUCCAACUGAACCAGCUGAGGAGAAGAAAACAAGAAAAUAAGACUAAAUAUAUAACGCUUCCGCCCCGCGAGAGGAGCGCCCAGUUCAGGAGCGGAUUAGCGGCGGUCCACACACACACACAGAAUGGCGGACGUGAGCGAUCCCAGCGAGCUGUUCGACUUGGAGCUCCACGAGGACGACAAAGUCCAGGACUCCGACGACGACAGGAUCGAACUGGACGACGUUGACCUAGAACCGGAAUUGUGUAUUAAUCUGCACCAAGACACUGAGGGCCAGGAGACCAUACAGCUCUGCGAGGAGAAUGUUAAUCCCGGCAAAAUCAAGCUAGGACCCAAGGACUUUGAGCUCAAGAAGGUCCUCGGAAAAGGUGGCUAUGGCAAAGUAUUUCAGGUGCGCAAGACCGCUGGACGAGAUGCCAACAAAUAUUUUGCCAUGAAAGUGCUCAAAAAGGCGUCCAUAGUGACCAACCAAAAGGACACAGCGCACACUCGCGCCGAGCGCAACAUACUCGAGGCAGUCAAGCAUCCCUUCAUAGUGGAGCUGGUCUACGCCUUUCAAACAGAUGGAAAAUUAUACCUUAUACUUGAAUAUUUGAGCGGCGGCGAGCUGUUCAUGCAUUUGGAGCGCGAGGGCAUCUUCUUGGAGGAUACCACAUGCUUCUAUCUAAGCGAAAUCAUUUUGGCCCUGGGCCAUCUACACACACUAGGCAUCAUCUAUCGCGAUCUGAAGCCCGAGAACAUAUUGCUCGAUGCACAGGGACAUGUGAAGCUCACUGACUUCGGUCUGUGCAAGGAGCACAUACAAGAGGGUAUUGUCACCCACACCUUCUGCGGCACAAUUGAGUACAUGGCACCUGAAAUCUUGACCAGAAGUGGCCAUGGCAAAGCAGUCGACUGGUGGUCACUGGGCGCUCUCAUGUUCGACAUGCUCACAGGAGUCCCACCCUUCACCGCCGAGAACCGAAAGAAGACCAUCGAGACCAUUCUGAAAGCCAAGCUUAAUCUGCCAGCCUACCUCACGCCCGAAGCCAGGGAUCUGGUGCGUCGCCUAAUGAAGCGUCAGGAACCCCAGCGCCUUGGCAGCGGACCCGAGGAUGCGUUGGCCGUCCAAAAACAUCCGUUCUUUAAGCACGUCAACUGGGACGAUGUCCUAGCCAGGCACCUCGAACCGCCUAUAAAACCGCUCCUGAGAAGCGAGGACGAUGUCUCACAAUUCGACACGAGAUUCACAAGACAAAUUCCAGUGGAUUCACCUGAUGAUACGACGCUAAGCGAAAGUGCCAAUUUAAUUUUCCAAGGUUUCACCUACGUAGCGCCCUCGAUACUGGAGGACAUGCAUCGGGCCAACCGGAUGCCGGCACGCUCCCCGCGACGUACGCCUCGUCAGCUGCCGGAGAGCAGCUUCCGGCUCCAGUUCCCAUCGGCCAAUGUGGGCGCCAACGCCCCCAUGUCGAUGCACGGUCAUCCGCAGCGAUCCGGGAUGCACGGAUUUGCACGGGCCACGCCGCCCCAUCUCAUGCAGACGUUCGCGCCGCGACCCUCACCGGCCCAGGACGAGAUGAUGGACGUGCAGCAGGGUCUGCCGAUGGUCUAAGGGCUGGAGCGGUCGCUUCCCCAUCCAUCCCAUCCCAUCCCGUCCCAUCCACCAUCAGCAAUGAACCCCGCUUCCUUCUCCCCAAACAAAAAAAAAAACAACAAACAGAAAUUGACA